GUCAUGUUGUUGAGAAGAUGAAAGGUGAAUUAAUUUGGCAACUUUUGAGUUCAGAUGCACUUAUUUAAGUUAUAUCCGCUCAUGGAAAUCAAAUGGUUUCUUUUGCCCUAUCGAUUUUAGUGCGCUUUAUUUGAUAUCCAUUAAAAUGGCUGGGAAAGAUGCAGACACUGUUGUCAAACAAGGUUUUAUGGUAAAACGAUCUCAGAAUAAGAAAAGAUUCACUCCUGUAAACUUCAAACAACGAUGGUUUGUUCUGACAAAGCGUCAUUUGAUAUACUACGAUUCAGAUACAGAGGCUGGCGCACCAGGUAUAGGCUGCUUAGACCCUCUACACCAGUUAAUAAGGAGGCGCAAGGAGAAGGGUCGUAUCCUGCUGUCGUCUGUGAGGGUGGUUGAGCCAGCUGUCAUCAGUGUUCCUACAGGCUCUAGUCCGGAGCUUGACAACGACUCUGUCAAUAAUUCUACUCAGUCAUUGGCUGGCGCUCCACUUCAGGUGGGAUACAAAGACCAAGGCCAGGAGUACACACUCUAUCUUGUUGCUGCUAGAGACCAAGACAGAGAUGACUGGAUCAAUGCUUUGCGCUCUGUGUGCUGUGACAACGGUUGUCUGAGUGACAGGUAUCACGUAGGGUUGUGGAACGGCAAACGCUGGACGUGUUGUCGCGUGUCCACACGCUCUGCCACCGGUUGCGACCAGGCCUCGGUCUGGGCCUCCAGCACUGACAAACCUGACAGCAUCAUAUCUCAAAUCGGAGCCCCGUCCACCCCAGUCAUGCCUGGUGGAACGCCCGCCCUCAAGACCAAGCAAGAUCAGAUGGUCAGGACCAAGGUCGUGGUGGCUCUGUAUCCAUUCAAGGCGAUCGAAGGAGGCGACCUGUCUUUAGAAAAAGGUGCUGAGUACGAGGUACUAGAUGACUCACAGGAGCAUUGGUGGAAAGUGAAGGAUGAUAAUGGAUCCAUUGGUUACAUUCCAAGCAAUUAUGUUAAAGAAAAAGAACUUUUAGGCCUACAAAAAUAUGAAUGGUACGUGGGGGACAUGUCCAGACAAAGAGCCGAGUCAUUGCUCAAACAAGAAGACAAAGAAGGCUGCUUUGUCGUCAGAAAUUCCUCCACUAAAGGCCUCUACACCCUCUCUUUAUACACUAAAGUUCCACACCCUCAUGUUAAGCAUUACCACAUAAAGCAGAACUCGCGAGGGGAUUUCUUCCUGUCAGAGAAGCACUGCUGUACCACCAUCCCUGACCUGGUGAACUACCACCGGCACAACAGCGGGGGGUUGGCCAGUAGACUCAAGACAUCACCUUGUGAUAGACCAGUGCCAGCCACUGCAGGCCUCAGUCAUGACAAGUGGGAGAUAGACCCUGCGGAACUGAUGUUGCUGGAAGAGCUGGGCUCUGGACAGUUUGGUGUUGUGCGGCGAGGCAAGUGGCGGGGCUCCAUUGAUACUGCAGUCAAGAUGAUGAAGGAGGGAACCAUGUCUGAGGAUGAUUUCAUUGAAGAGGCUAAAGUUAUGACGAAAUUGCAGCAUCAAAACCUAGUACAGCUGUAUGGAGUGUGUAGCAAACAUAGGCCAAUAUAUAUAGUAACGGAAUACAUGAGGCACGGAUCACUACUUAACUACCUCAGAAGACACGAGACUACAUUGAGCUCCAACGUUGGCCUCCUGCUAGAUAUGUGCAUACAGGUUUGUAAAGGUAUGGCCUAUCUGGAAAGGCACAACUACAUCCACAGAGAUCUAGCGGCUAGAAACUGCUUGGUCGGCUCAGAAAACGUUGUCAAAGUUGCUGAUUUUGGCUUAGCAAGGUACGUGCUUGACGACCAAUACACCAGUUCAGGUGGGACCAAGUUUCCUAUUAAGUGGGCUCCACCAGAAGUUCUCAACUAUACGAGGUUCUCCUCCAAGUCUGAUGUUUGGGCUUACGGUGUUUUAAUGUGGGAAGUAUUUACAUGUGGGAAAAUGCCUUAUGGUCGACUUAAAAACACCGAGGUAGUGGAUAGGGUUCAACGUGGCAUCAUUCUGGAGAAGCCGAAGAACUGUUUCAAAGAAGUUUAUGAGAUUAUGCGUCAGUGUUGGUGUCAUAACCCCGAGGAUAGACCAUCGUUCCGCACACUCAAGGACCAGUUGUCCGUGGUAUCUCAGGGUCUGUUGGCUGAUUGACUCGCCCUACUACAUGCUCUCGUGCCCUGCCCUCUUUGUGCUCUGCUGUCCCUCCAGUAGCAAUGUUAGCUACUAGUUAAACUUCUAUCAUCAUUAGUCCCAGAUGUGUGAACCAAACCAUUUCAUUCGUGAUGCACCAUUAUCAAAUACUUAUAUUCUUACAACUAUGUAGUAACUUCAGGAUUGGGCGACAGUGGAAUAUUUGGUUCAGACUUCUGUUGACUAAUGCUUUUAAACAUCUUAUCCUUCAGCAGCCUUUUGAAUUGUUGUUUUGCGCCUUUUGACAGACUAAUAGGUAAUAACUUUUAUAGUUGGUAUUUUUAUAACCCUACAGACGUAACAAUCCUAAGCAAUUAAAGAUUUGCCCCAUUACAAUUUAUUGUAUUUUCUUUAUCAUGAAGCAAUACAAUUUUAAACAUUCUCAAGAAAUUGUUCUGUCUAAAAAGAAACAGCUGAUCUUAAUCAGUAACAAAGCUACACAAACUUUGAAUUGUCUCAAUUCAUCACUAACCUUGCAUUCACUUUCUGCUUAAAAUUUUGCACAUAGGUGUUUAUUGCUGCCUUAAUGAAGUAAAUUGCCACGAUUUUAAUUUCAAUUUCCCUAAGACCAUAUUUUAGUUCGUUGCUGUAUGGCUUUUUGUACCGUGCAGUAUUUUUCGGUCUAAAUUAAAAUCACCAAAAUUGGAGUUUCAAGAGAAAAUACAGGAGUUGUAUUAUUUUGAUAUAAUUUGACAACAUUUAUUCCUGUAACAUACCAGCUGGUUUUUGUACCUUUUAGUUUGUCAAAAGCUGUUUUCCCAAAGCUGCUAAUCCAGAACUAUUAGUUUGGAUAUCUCGUUAAAUGGUAAUUUUAAAAUGUGUCCAGUAAAUAGAUCUGGCCUUGUGAUAUAUUUAUUAAGUUAAUGUGUAUAUUUUCCAACCUCUUUGAAGUGACUUUUGAGCACAAAACUUUUAAAUAAAAGUAUGUUGAUUUUUUUUAUAGAUAAAUAUCACAAUAAACAUUAAUUUUACAUAAAUAUAAAUUUUAUUAUGUUUGGUUGUGGCAUCAGCAGUUUUCUGUCUUUGCUGUAGUAUAUUCAAUAAUUUGGUUUUUGCAUCAACGGAAUGAUCGUACAUAAUAAUGUAACAAUCACUGCCUUUCUGACACAACAAUUGUUUGUGUUUAUAUGGUAAAGGCUUGUUAAAUAAUAAUUAUGAAAUUUACUUUUUUUAAGUUAUUAAUAAUUCAGAUCAGGCUGAUAAGAAACUACUACAAACCGCAAUGGUUUUCUUUCAACUUGUCUAUUAAACUCCAUCUUUUAUUUAAUUAAACUCUUUGUAUACUUUUAAUCCGUUUCUUCCCACUUAUUUCACUUCAUUGUACUUAAUACUUUAAUAGUUAAGUAAUUAGUCAUUAUUUUGAGCUUUAUGCUUCGAGUUAAACCUAAUAUUUCUCAUCAGUUGAGUGAUUUACUUUUUUUUUAUUUAGUCCAAUUUUUUUAUGUCUAAGAAGUAAAAUCUCUUAGUUUACACUUGCACAGCCACAACUCAAAAAUAAAACCAGGAUUGAAAUAGUCAUGCAGGUUUUUUUAAUAAGUUUUAAUUUUUUGUUUGUUUUAAAUAGGCCUAUAUAUUUCUUAGGUGGGAGGAUGAUGUAUUUGUAAAACAGAAAUUGGCAUUUGUAACUCUUAUUACAAGGAUAUGUAGUUCCUAAUAUGUCUAGUAAUACUUCCAGCAUCGAGCCUAUGAAUGUGUUUUACAGUUUUUGUCUCAUGAGUACUAUGAAAUAGGUACACAAAUGUCAUAUUUUGCAGUUUCUUAUUUAAAUUGUUGGAUUGGAUCAUAAAACAUAAGUAGGCAAUGGAGUGUUGUAAAAAGGUAAAAUGAAGUGAUAGAAACCAUAAGUAAUAGAUAUCUAUUGAUUAUUGAUCAUUCAUAAAGAGAUGUUCUAGAGUCAAUAUAGUGGUAGAAGGUCUAAGUCAUAGGAAGGAUAAACUUAGGCAAACCUUAGGCACUCAUCAUAAGUUCAUGUCAACCUUGCUUAUCAAACUGAGAAAAACUGCUGUCUGACAAGACUAGGGUUUGGUCUGUUACUUUGCAAUAAACGUAAAAAAUGCCAACAUCAUAACAAACUCGAAAGAAUACAUUUUUCAUGCAGCACAAACAUCCAUAUUUUAUACAUGAGUUGCAGGUCUAAAGUUGCUCUUUUCCCCCUAGGGAGUAAAAAUAAGCUGUUGUAAACUGUGAUUGUAAGUAAUCCCAUAGGAUUUGAUACAUAUAUCAAAAGUAUGUAUAGAUUGUUUUCAUAGGUUUUAGCAUUCUGUUGUAUUAUUGUCAAUAUUUCGACAUUUCAAUAGUACACUUACACAUAAUUGGCAAAAUCUAUCUAUAUACUUAUUUCAUACGCAAGCAGGAUUUUGUGACAAUUACUCCUCCAAAACUACUGAACCAAUUGACAUGUUUUUGGUGUCAUUGAAAAGAGCGUAACUUGAAGCUGUGCAGGAAACUUUCUUUUUAGGGAAAUAAUUAGAGAGUGAGGCCCCCCGGGCCCUUUAAAGUUUUGUAUUUCUCCAUAAGAUUAACAUGCGAAACAAAAAUUGUUAUGAAACUCCAGCUGUUGUCAGAAAUUAAAAGUGAGAAGAAGAACAUAUGUUAAUAAUUGUAAACAG